AUGAAGACGUACACGAGAUUUCUCGUCGCCUUGACGUGGACGACUGCCUUCUGCGCCUCUGUUCACGGAUGGCCGACUCGUGACGAGAUCAUUCAGUCCAUCCAGGAACGCGCCACCGCUGACUCCAUCAACCUCGAGGCAAUACCUGGCUUCAACCUCAGCUCCGCUCUUGACAGCAUUGCGUCAACAUACCUCGAUAGUCAGGCGCAAGAGCUGCCACAGCGCAAUAGCUCGAACGCCACCACCAUCAUCGAUGUGCACGCGCACUGCGUUCCUGACUGGUAUCGCGCAAUCGCUCCGACAGCCGGCGGGAAUCCAACCCCAUACUGGAAUGUCAGCGGGCAUCUCAACUUCAUGGUGAGCCAAGGCAUCUCGCAUGCAGUCGUGGCAUUCUCCUCGCCCGGCGCGAACGUGUAUCCUGGAAAUCGAGAGGCGACGAUCGCGCUUGCGCGGUUGAUUAACGAGCAGUCCGCGGCGUACGCGCGAGUCUACCCGAAGCACUUUUCAUUCUACGCGGUCGUACCACUCCCAUAUACCCAGGAUGCCAUCGCUGAAGCCAUGUACGCUCUCGGCACGCUGGAAGCCGCAGGUAUCGCGCUCUACUCCAACUUCGAAGGUCGCUACCUUGGUGACCCAGCCUUUACGCCGUUCUUCGAAGCUAUGAAUGCGCGCGGGGCCGACCAGAUCCUCUAUAUCCACCCCACGACGCCGUACCUGCGCGUGAACGGCUCACUCAUCGAAGCAAACCCAACGACAUACCCAACCGGCAACAUCGAGUUCUACUUCGAAACCGCGCGGGUACUCCAAGACCUCGCCGUCACGCAAACCAUCCUCAACUUCACAAACAUCAACUACAUCAUCCCGCACGUCGGCGGCGCAUUCCCGUCUGUCGCAGACCGCCUGUUGAAGUCGUUCCCCGCGAUCUACGACCGUACCCUCGCUGCUUUGCAGACGCGCUUCUUCUGGGAUUCCGCGGGCCCGACGUACUUCCACCAAGUCGGCGGCCUUCUUGCGUACGACAUACCGGCGUCGCAGCUUCUGUUCGGGACGGAUUACCCGUACGCGCCGAUCUUCACGUAUGCGCCUUCGCUAGUAGGCAUCGAGACGUCGCGGUUUGUGGAAGAUGUCGAGCGAACAGGUAUCUUCUUUCGUAACGCGCAAGAGCUCUUCCGCGAGCGUAUCUUAGUAUAG